UCUCCCUUGAAAGAAUGAUUUUGUUUGAAAAUUUUCUAUCUACAUCAUGAAAAACAAAAACAUACAAAUGGGCAGUAAACUCAUUUCUUUUUCAAAGAAACCAUCUAUAAGAGACCAAGCCCUAUGAUGAAAAAAAUAGUACAAACCAUAGUACUGAUCACCCUAAGUAUUGAGAAACUUGUAUUCAAUUAUUUAGCACUGUUCAACUGAGAAAAUAUAUUUUCUGUCUUAUCUGCAUAGAUUAGUACAAAAAAGAGCCCCUUGUAACUUAUCAGGGCCUUUAAUUCAUUUUUUUCUCAAAAUGGGUUCUUUAGCAUGGUAUUUAAGAAACCUUUGAGAAACUUUAGCAAUGAAAGCAACAAAAAAUAAAAAAACUGAGUUCUAAUCACUAUCAAAAUUUCAAUAAAAAAAGAGAUGUAAGCAAGCACAAAUGCUUACGCUUUUUUACACAAUCUAAAUAACAUAAUAUUCACAGUGUAAAGCAAAGCUAAGGUCAUCAAAAGCAAUUGAAUAAGGAAGAGAAAACAUGACAGCAAACAAAAGGUUACCCAAAAAUAACAUAAGAAAUUAGACAAAUCAAUCGAAAAUUGAAAAUCUCUGAUUUCUAUACGAAAAUAGAGUCAAAUUAUUUGAACCCAGUUGUAAACAUAAAAUGAGGUUUAUCCAUAGAUAAGUCUGUUCGAUAUCUUCAUAUAAUGAAACUAUGAAACUUGUAAACAAGCAACAGUUAACAUAGUUAAUAAAGGUUCUCUAGAAAUAUUUGAAACCUUCAUCUAUAAAUGUAGCAUUGAAAAUUAUUAUUCACUAUACAUUAUAUCAACGCCAUAAUGAUCUGUCAUGAUACUCCUGCUUCUUGAAAAAUGUAAACAACAACCUGCAUGAAGCAAGCUACCUGCUCAUUUGCCAAAAUGACGCGCCGUUUAUGACAUGUUCAUUUGCUUUAUUAACAACAUUGUCUACUUCACAAAGCUCUCAUUUAUUCUUUUCAGUAAUACAGUCAACUUAAAACCAAUAACUUUUCUUCAAGCCCGAUCAAAACGACUAAGAAUAACUAUACUUUACCUCCCUUGAUGGGUGACCGGCCGUUUUAUCCAACAGAAUUUCCUCCAGUGGUCGAAGUGAAUGGAUGCUUACAAUCCCUGAACUGGCUGCAGUUCUUGGUCUGUUAUACAACAUUGCAGAUGUAAACUAAUUUUCUAAUGCUUGACUUUACAAAUUCGUGCAGCUUUAGCACAUAUCAUGCAAACGGAAGCCAAAACACCCCUGACGGCAAACGCAACAUAGCAACGGAGGUUCAUGGAUACAGCGUCUUAUUUACAAAACCUCGAUUUCAAGCCGAGAUUAAAAAUAAACAGCCAACGGAAGCCAAAAGCCAACACACUUUUUAUCUUUGUAUUUUACUAUGAAUCAACUGCAAAGUCUACUGCAGGAUUCUCUUAUUGCUACAGGUAAUGUAGACAACUGUGCAAUUGUGCGAAAAAAGGACGUUUCCUUGAGGGCAAGCUCUAGCGGCUUUACACUAUCGACUUCUGAUAUAGAAGACCUGGUAGAAGCAUUUAAGCAUCCAACCCAAACAAGAGAAGACGGCGUUCAGCUGCAUGGAAUAAAAUACAAAUGUGAUGAUGUUGGACUGGUAUUGGUAAAAACUGCAUCACUGAUUCUUGUUGGCACCUAUAAUAAAGACAUGUACCAGAGUAUAUGUGUCGAGGCAAUGGAGAAACUUGCUGAUUACUUCAGGGAAAAAGGAAAAUAGCUGAUAUGAAUUCUUAUAUGAAGAAAAGAGAUUGGAUCAAGUAAGACAACAAAUGAGGUCAUAAAUGCCAGCUUCUUUUGCUUUGGAAGUGAAUUGAAAUGGAUUGCAAGAUUACUGAUUAACAUGAAAAACCUCUCGUUCACAACUUUUUAUAACCGAUUCUAGAUAAUUAACUUUAUUUAAAAUAGUUCAGUUGUUAAUCUAGAUCUCCAACUGAAAAGAUUUGUUUUAUUUUACUAUAUCAUAUUACACAUUCUUUUCCAUAAAUACUAUUACAGUAUGUACUAUUUAACUUAAUUAGAUGAUAUUUCAUUGACCAUAAGAAUGUCAUAUCAAGCUAGAGACCAUCACAAAUGUAUCUGCAGUCUUGUGUUAAUGCCUUUUACACAAAAGUUAAAGCAAACAAAUAAACAUAUGGUUGUCAUUUGCCUGUAUUGAUUUGAUAUUCUUCCUAACAAUUUUUAGCAUGUAUUAUAUUGUUUAGCAUACAUACAUUUUACCUCCUUUAAGCCAGGGAAUGACCACACAGUGAAACUGAUUCAACACUAUGAAAUUUUUCCACAAAUCAGUCCAGGCGAUUCCUUUCUUCUGUUCCAUGAUUUUCCUGUAAAUCAAGGUGCAUCUAUUACACUUGAUAUCCUUGUUGGUUUGAAAUGUCUAAGAUAUUUUGCUGUAUCUUCUGGACACACAAAAGUGUGGCUUAUAGAGCUUCUUAGGUCAUAUAGGCAAAAAUUCAACAUAAAAGAUACAUUGGUAUUAGCUGUGUCUAGCUCUUGUGUAAUGUAAAAGUUAAAAGGGCAUAUUACAAAAUGUGUAAAAGGAAGAACCACAGGAUAGGCUGUCCACCAGAAUCUGUGAAUCUUGCAAUAAGUAAUAAAAUGAAAUAUAUUCAGGUACAAAGCAAAACGAUGAUGAGAAUCUAAUGUAAGUAGAUAACAUUUUCAAAAUGAAUUAAAUUUAAGGAAUACUAAUAUUUCGCCUCGGCAUACAGGGCUCCAUCAGAGUAAAUUAAAAGAGCCAGUCAUUACAAAAUAUUACAAAAUGCCUGGUCUUGCAAAGGUUACCAAUUCUGACCUCACUUUUCAGAACGGGAAGCAAUAAAGAUGUCCUUAUACCACCCUUCUCAGACCUACUGUUGAACUGGAUAGAAAGGUUAAUCAAGAGAUAGCUAGUUAAUAGUUAAUUAAGAAAGGUCAUUACUUUGCUUAUUUCACCAGCAAUCAAUGUUGUAAAUUAUUGUAAAUUGUAAAUUAUUGUAAAUCUAUAUGGUUUUUUGUAAAUCAUGUUUAGAUUUUAGUCACCAUACUGAGCGCCAAAUUAAUCUUUUUAAUUGAUUUUGUCUCCUUUUAUUUAAAAAAUGCCUUCAUCUUGAAAAUGAUUUAUUCAAAGUCUUAAUAAUCAGUAUUUGUUACGCCGUUUUCAGGAGUCUCUGAUAUUCAAGAAUGGGGGUAGCAAUAGAAAGUACAAUGGAAACAAUAGAGGUAUUCAGGUAGAAGAAUAGAUCUAACACAUUUUAGGACAAAUAUGAAAGGUAUGAUGGCAACAAAUAAGAUAAAUUUUGCUACAAAUUCUGACAAAGUGGUGCCAUAUUUCUGAAAAUAUCUAAAAGAUAUGUGGUGCUUUAGGAGAGUUGUAGUGCCCCUAUCCACAGCACCCCUGCAAGAGGCAUUUGCAGAUAGUAGUCUUACCACCAACUGUAACAACAGGGUUAUAGAUUUAUUGUAAAGGGGAUACCUGGCUGCAAAAUCAGUUUGGCUAUCAUGAACAAACUAUCACAUUAAUCAUCAUUUCCCUAAUGAUUCACAUAUGUCCCUUCUGGUGUGAAAGAGACCUCUGCUCCACUCCCUGUGCCAAGAUUAUGAACUCCGAUAGAAAUGGUCUCAUUACUUCAUUUAUUUCAAAUAACAACAUAAAAAGAUACUAAAGGUAUGACAAUAACAGAAAACACUUGUUUGAAAUCCCCAACUUUUAAGGCCCCAAAACCUAAAACCUAUACCAGGGUUAUAACAAGUAUUUUGCCUAGAGGUUUUCAAAGGAGUUUAAGCAAAAACUGGUUGAUGUUUGCUGUAGACUGAAGAAAAUAAACAGAUUGAAAGAAUUUUACCAUCAAUAAGGAAUAAAUUUUUCUAUUCUAGAAACAGCAAAUCAGAAAUGUACCUUCAAAACUAACUAUUUUUAAUUAAAUGCAGGCUUUGAUGUGUUUACCCAUAAAUGCAUUUAAAUAUAAUUUAGCCAAUGAUAUGAACUCUAAUUUUCAAUAUUUUGAUUUACCAUCAUGACCUACCCCUGGGAAUAUUAAAAGUUUGAAUAAAUACAAUUCUGUGGUUGAUGGAAUUGGUGAUUAAAAUCAACAGAUAAUUGAAACAUGCCUUUUCCUCCCUGAGAAAAUUCUCUAUUACAAGCCCCCUCAGAACAGUGGUUGAGAAAAAAUAAU